AUGGCUCUAUUCAGAUACGGAUUGUCCGCCGAGGCUAAACAACUGCUGGCAGCGUGUCCUAACGCACCGCAAUCUUGGCGCAUGAUGGCAUACAUCAUCACAGAAAAUUCGGCAGUCGUGCAAUCGAUGGAUAAAACAGUUGUGCGUCGGAAGUCAACUUCACUCGGAAGGCCCCAAGUGGGUCUUAAGGAAAGGUCCCCCAGAGACAGCAAUGGAAAAUAG